AUGUUUUCCGUUCUGUCGUUUAACGUGUUCGCGUCGUUGGACGAUGAUGCUCAAGUGGCGGUCGUCCAUCGCAGCAAACUCCUAUCGUCCCGGCGAUUGGUCAGCAGCAGGCGCCUUUUCCUGUUCUUCAUCGCCAUUGCACCGUACCUGGUCUGCCUGGACGGCGAUUUCGUGUUUGACGACUACAAAGUGAUCGUCUAUAAUAAGGACAUAGUCAACGAAGCAAACGCACCUCGCGGCACUCCUAGGCCGUGGCUGAACUUCGUUGUCAACGAUUACUGGGGCACUCCAAUGUCAUCGAAUGCCAGUCAUAAAUCAUGGCGACCGCUAACAAUAAUGUCAUUUAAGAUGAACUACUUCUGGACGCGCUUGAACACAAGAAGCUAUCACUUAGUUAACAUUCUCCUUCACGGAGCUGUUACGGUUCUAAGUUACGAGGCCUAUCUCAGAAUCCUUCAAUUAAAGAAAAGUUCAACGGCGAUGUUUGCCAGCGUUAUUUUUGCCGUUCAUCCUGUGCACUCCGAAUGCGUUGCCAAUAUAUCAGGACGUGCUGAACUUUUAUCCGCGCUGUUCUUUUUGCUUUCUUUUCUGUGCUACGACUCAGCCAUCAGUUCUGGAAAAAGAAACUUUUUCACUGUUGAGAUGUUUAUGUGUUUAUUGUUUGCUUUCACUGCGAUGCUCUCUAAGGAACAAGCGUUUGACCGUACGACUGUGCUCAUCGUCGAUAACCCGUCAGCCAAUGUAUCCAGUCGUUUUUUCAGAGUGGUUAACUACCUUCAUCUAUAUUCCCUGAACAUCUGGCUAUUGCUUGGGCCUGCUUCGUUGUGUUUCGACUAUUCAAUGGGUUGCAUACCUGUUAUUUCCGAGAUGUGGGACCUUCGAAUGCUUUAUUUGGUACUCUUCCUCGCAACGUCAUGCUUAGCGUUUCUUUUAACCAUCCCAUUUGUUCCGGCAAGCAACGUGUUCUUCAGGGUAGGCUUUGUUCUCGCAGAGCGAGUAUUAUACAUACCUUCGCUUGGAAGUUCACUGUGUAUCGUGCUGUCCAUCAAAAGUUUCAUGAACUGCUUCAAACGUGAUGUUUGGUGGAAACUAUCUAUUGUAAUCAUAUGCGUAAUUUAUUUCGCGAAGUCCAUGCAUCGCAGCUCACAGUGGCGCACCGAGGAGUCGCUCUAUUCGUCCGGGCUGACAGUCUGCCCCGGAAACGCUAAGAUUUAUUACAACUUGGCCAAAGUGUCGUUGGACAAUGGACAGCGCUUCAAAGCAUUAGAAAAUUAUCGCUUUGCACUUCAACUAUAUCCUGAUUAUGAGCAAGCCCUGAACAACUUGGCGAACUUACUAAAGGACGAAGGCGAACUGACAGAGGCAGAAGUAUUACUUGAAAGGGCAGUAAAGAUCAAAAGCGAUUUCGCUACGGCUUGGAUGAACCUUGGUACCGUCAAGGCUGCCUUGAAAAAAUACAAAGAAUCCGAAAAGUGCUAUCUGAUUGCUCUGAAAUUUCGCCCAAAAUACGCCGACUGUCUGUACAAUCUUGGAAAUUUGGUAUACGGGACUGUAAAUAUUGGUCGCAAAGCGGAAGCCCUGUCAUGCUGGUCGGCAGUUACCAACCUAAGGCCGGACCAUUCAAAGGCAUGGACGAAUAUUUUUGUUUUGCUCGAAAGCGAAGAUCGAUGUGCUCAAGGCAUCUUCAUGGCAGAAAAAGCUCUUCGUUUGGUGCCACUGUCUUUGGGACACUACGACGAAUCCGAGUCGCAUUUUCUGGCCGCCAUCAAUUUGGAUCGAUUCAACGCACACUACUUCGCAAAUCUAGGGGUUUUAUACCAUCGGUGGAAAAAGUACAAGCUGGCGAAGGAGAUGUACAUGAAAGCCAGGCAGCUGAAUCCUAACCUGUCAUCACACAAUUGUCCACUGCAAACUCGAUAA